UCUGCCAAGCCUCCCCCCUCCCCCCCUCUCCUCUCCUCCCUCCGCAGCUCUGAGCUGUGCUGCCGCCGCUUUCACCUCCACUAAUCAUCACCCCCAUCGUCGCCUCCUUUCUCUUCCUUUCCCUUCCUCCCUCCCCCGAUCCUUCCUCCUCCCACGCGCACCUAGCCAUCGCGAGGCGGCGAGAAGAGCGGGACGCGGGGGCUGCGCUGGCCAGCGACGGGGAGGGGGAGGGGGACGGGGAGGGGAUGGCGGCGGCGUGGGGCGGCACCACGCAGAAGUGCGCCUCCUGCGGCAAGAAGGUGUACCCGGUCGAGGAGCUCGCCGCCGACGGCCGCGCCUACCAUCGCCCCUGCUUCCGCUGCCACCACUGCAAGAGCACCCUCCAGUUUAGCAAUUAUUCUUCGAUCGAAGGUGUCCUGUACUGCAAACCUCACUAUGACCAGAUAUUAAAAUCAACUGGCAGUUUAGAAAAAAGUUUUGAAGGUGUGACAAGAGCAGCUAAAUCAGAAAAAUCAAAUGGACCUAAGGGCCAGCAAAACAGCAGAUUCUCUAGCAUGUUUGUCGGCACGCAAGACAAGUGCGUAGUUUGUAACAAGACUGUAUACCCUCUUGAAAAGGUUGAUCUUAACGGAGGCUCGUAUCAUAAAUCAUGCUUCCGUUGCACCCAUGGUGGUUGUACACUCAGCCCAUCCAACAAUGUCACACAUGAAGGCAAACUUUAUUGCAAGACCCACCAUUCUCAGUUGUUCAUGGUCAAGGGAAACUUCAGUCAGUUCGAGGAGAACACUGCAAAUGCAAAAGUGGCUAUCGAGAAACAACCAGAAACUGGAGAAGCCACCAACAAGCCAGGUCAAGGUGAUGAAGUCAGUGAGAAGACCUCAGAAAAUGAGCUCACAGCUGAUGAAGCAUCCCAAAAUGAUGUUGCAGCUGAAAAACAAUCACAUAGCAUUGAUGUUGCUAAACCAUCGGAAAGCACAGUUGAGAAGUCAGCAGAAAGUGAAAGUGUUAGUGAGAGUGAGUCAAAGAGUCCUGUAGUUAACAAUAAGCCAUUAGAAAGCAGUGCCGAGAAGCCACAGCAGAGCAGUGUGGUUGAUGCUAAGCCAUCAGGAAGCAGUGCGGCCAUAAGAAAACCAUGGCAACGCAGUCUUCCCACGAAUAAGCCGUUAGUGAGUAGUGCAUCAACUGAAAAGCCAUCACCGAGCGAUGCAGCCAUUGAGAAGCCGUCAUCCAGUAAUGGGACUAAUGGGAAACCGUCGGACAGCAGCACAGCGGUAAAAAAGUCAUGGCAGCGCAGUGUAGCUACUGAGAACCCACAGCAGAGCAUGUUACCAUCGGAUAAGCCAGUAUCAACCAGUGCAGAUGAUGUGAAGCCAUCAGAAAGCGGCAAAGUGGUCAAAAAAACAUGGCAACGCCCUGUGGUUGCUGAGAACCAGAAACAAAACAGUGGACCAACUGAAAAGCCGUCACCGAAGAGUGAUACAAAGCCGUUAGAUAGCAGCACAGCAAUUAAAAGGCCAUGGGGCCGCAGAAUAGCCAGUGAGAAAUCUCUGCAGAGCAGUGAGGUUGAUAUGAAACCAGUGGAAACCAGUACAGUGGUCACUGUUCUACAGCAGCCCAGUGAGGAACCUCUACAAACCAGUGCAGCUGUGCUACAGCAGCCCAGUGAGGAACCUCUACAAACCAGUGCAGCUGUGCUACAGCAGCCCAGUGAGGAACCUCAACAAACUAAUGCAGCUGUGCUACAGCAGCCCAGUGAGGAACCUCAACAAACUAAUGCAGAUGAUGUGAAGCCUUCGGAGGACACUGCAGUAGUAGUGAAAAAGCCAUGGCAAUUCAACACGAGAACCGAGAAGCAACCCCAGAGUAAUGUAGUCGAUGCAAAGAAAACUGAAAGUGCUGGAUCGAUCAAACGGCAGUGGAAGCGCAACACGCCAUUUGAGAAGCCAUCACAAAGCAGUGCAGCAGCAGCUGUGACAAUGACACAAAGCAAUGUGACCGUCACCAAGCCAGCCCCGAGCAACAUGGCUGUGAAGAAGUCAUGGCAAAGAAGUACAACUCCAAAAAAUCUGGCAGCGAGUGAUAUGGCUACCAAUAAAGCAUUGCAAACCAAGGCAGUGAUCGAGAAGCCAUCACAAGAAAGUUCUCAAGAGAAACCAUUACAAGAAAAGGCACCUCAAAUCACUGUGAUCACCGAGAAGCUACCGGAAGAAAGUUCUCAAGAGAAGCCAUCUCAAGAAAAGGCACCUCAAACUGCUGCGAUCAUCGAGAAGCCAUCACAAGAAAGUUCUCAAGAGAAGCCAUCUGAAGCAAAGACACCUAAAAUUGCUGCAACCGCCGAGAACCCAUCAAAUGAAAGUUCUCAAGAAAAGGCACCUCAAAUAGCUUCGAUCACCGGGAAGCCAUCACAAGAAAGUUCUCAAGAGAAGCCAUUACAAAUGAAUGAAUCUUCCAAGGAGCAACUUCAGACUGAAGAGACUGUUGAGAAACAACUUCAAAAUGAAGAUAUUGCUGAUGCUACACCACAAAGGAACCUGAUGACACAGGAUGAUGUCUCUCUCAAGAAGGUACCAGAGCCUGAAAUUGAUGCCACUUCUGGUGAGAACUUGUCAGGUUCUCAAAGUAAGCCAACUGUUGAGCAAACGUUGCAAUCCCAAGACGUCGUGGUUACUCAAGAGGCAAUUGGCCAGAUAACGGAAGCUAAAAAGGAUGCUGGCGUUGAGCAGUCAUCAGAAUCUCGAAGUGUUGCACCGGCUGAGGUUCCAGUGGAGCAACCAUUGCAACGACAAAAAGAUGCAUCCACAGAGCCUAGUAGUGAUGCAAUAGUUAAGGAGUCAUUGCAGCCUGAAUUUGACCCAGCUGCCGUGAAGUCAUCAGAACCACAAACAGAUGCAGCUGCUGAUCAGUCGGCUGAGCAGCUAUCAGAACCUCAAAGUGCCGCAUCAGUGGAGGAACCAGUAGUCCAUCAAAGUGACACAUCUACUGAGAAGCCAUCUGAGUCUCAAGGUGAUGCAGCUGCUGGUGAAUCAUCAGGACCGCCAUCAGAGCCUCAGAACGAUGCAUCCGCCGGGGAACCCUCAGAACCUAAAGUUGACGCAAUUACCGAGGAGCGAUCAGAGAGUCAAAUUGGUGCAGGUCCUCAUGAUUUAACUGAGCAGCCAUUGGAACCUCAAAAGGAUGGGCGUAUUGAGAAGCCACUGGAAACUGAGACUAACGUUGUUACUGAUAAUCCAUCAGAAAGCAGCUUAGCUACUGAAACACUGCCUGAAAGCAUUCCAAAGAUCAGCACUACCACCGAGGAACCUGCACAGCAUGAAAUUUCUGAUGAGACACUGCCUCAAAGCAUUGCACUAGAAACAACACCAGAAAGCACCGCAUUUGUUGAGGAACCCGCAGAUGUCGGUGAGGCCAGUGUUAAGAUAUCAGAUGACAUCUCAGCUGCUGAGAAGCCAUCGGAGGAUGCUGUAACUCCUGAGAAGCCAUCAGAGGAAGUUAAGGCUAGUGUUCAGCCAGCAGAAGACAAUGUGGCUCUCGAGGAACCAUCGGAGGAAGACGAGGUGAGUGUUGAGCCAUCAAGCAUAGUGGAUCUCGAGAGGCCAUCGGAGGAAAAAGAUGAUGCUGUCAAGCCAGUAGAGGACAGCGUGGCUCUUGAGAAGCCAACCGCUGACAAACCUUCAGAGGAAGAUGAGGUGAGUGCUGAGCCAUCAGACGACAGAGCGGAUCUUGAUAAGCCAUCAGAGAAAGAAGUUGACACUGUUGUCAAGCCAUCAGAGGACAGCAUGGCUGUUGAGGAGCCUGUCACCGACAAACCAUCAGUGGAAGAUGAAGCCAGUGCUGAGCCAUCAAACGACAGAAUAGAUGCCGAGAAACCAUCAGAGGAGAAAGAAGACGACACUGUGAAGUCAUCAGAGGAUAGCAUGGCUCUUGAGAAGCCAGCCACUGACAAACCAUCAAAGGAAGAGGAAGAAGGCGCAGCCACCGAGAAGCCGUCGCAUGACGAUGCUGCCAUCGAGGCACCAUCGCACCACGACACGGACUCGGCCACCGACAUACCCUCGCCUGCCACAGAGACGAACAUAUCAGCCUGAGCUCACCAAGACAGUGGUUAGCCGGGCACAGUCACUGCGCAUCAGUAAACAGUUAUUAACCGGGAGAAGGAUCGAUACUACCGUCGAUAGUUUUGCGUGCCAUUUUGCUUGCUUUUGUUUGUGCACUGUUUGAGUUGUAAAAUUUGAGGGGGAAAAGAGAGAAGGAUAGGGUAUUUACUUGGUUUACUCACUCACAAGCAAUAAGCCCCUCCCCACAUUUGGAGGAGGGCAGCUUUCUGGUUUUUUUUUACGACAGAUUUGUCUCUGUUGGUGUGGUUUGGUUUGUUGCUCAUAUUUUUGUUGUAUAUCAGAUGAUGUACAUGAUUGUUUGGUUCA